UGCAGAGCAUCUCAGUUCUUAAAAACAAAAAAAAGCUCCCCAUUUUUUUUCACUUAAAGUCCCUGAAAAAUUUGAAAUUAUAAAAAAGUCCUCAGGUUCUCAGAGAAUCUCUUUCCAAUGGGAUACUUAAACUUUUCAGGAGGAUAAGCUGAGAAAAACCCCAUUUUUCCUUCAUCUUCUCCGCCUCCUCCUUCAUCCUCCUCCAAUGGCGGCCAACUCACAGGCUGAACCACCUCCUCUGGAGGUCCUCUCAUGGCUGAAGAGCCUUCCGAUGGCGCCGGAGUACCAUCCCACACUGGCUGAGUUCCAGGACCCCAUCGCUUUCAUACUCAAGAUCGAGAAGGAGGCCUCGGCCUACGGCAUCUGCAAGAUCGUGCCACCGGUGCCACCGGCGGCGAAGAAGACCACCAUGGCGAACCUAAAUAGGUCCUUUGCGGCUCGUGACCCUAACCCGAAGAAACCCCCGACUUUCACCACGCGGCAGCAGCAGAUAGGGUUUUGCCCUCGACGGCCGCGGCCGGUGCAGAAGCCGGUGUGGCAGAGUGGGGAGCAGUACACACUGCAGCAGUUUGAGGCGAAGGCGAAGCAGUUCGAGAAGACCCAUCUGAGGAAGCUUGGGAAGCGAGGGUUGGGGUUGUCACCGCUUGAGAUCGAGACCUUGUUCUGGAAGGCUUGUGCGGAUAAACCCUUCUCUGUGGAGUAUGCCAAUGAUAUGCCUGGGUCUGGGUUUGCUCCUCUGGCUUCUGGGAAGAAGUGGAGGGAGGAUGAGGCGGCCAAUGUGGGAGAGACAGCGUGGAAUAUGAGGGGGGUUUCUAGGGCAAAAGGUUCGCUUUUGAGGUUCAUGAAGGAGGAGAUUCCUGGGGUGACCUCGCCCAUGGUGUAUAUUGCUAUGAUGUUCAGCUGGUUUGCUUGGCAUGUGGAAGACCAUGAUUUGCAUAGCUUGAAUUACCUGCAUUUUGGUGCUGGGAAGACAUGGUAUGGUGUGCCGAGGGAUGCUAGGCUUGCGCUGGAGGAUGUCAUCCGGGUUCAUGGGUAUUGCGGGGAGGUGAAUCCUCUCGUGACGUUUGCUAUCCUCACCGAGAAAACUACUGUCAUGUCUCCUGAAAUCCUUGUUGGUGCUGGAAUUCCAUGUUGCAGGUUGGUGCAAAAUGCUGGAGAAUUCGUUGUCACAUUCCCUGGAGCUUAUCAUACAGGUUUCAGUCAUGGAUUUAAUUGUGGUGAGGCUGCAAAUAUUGCUACACCUCAGUGGUUGAGAUUUGCCAAGGAAGCUGCAGUUCGUAGAGCUUCAACUAACUUUCCUCCCAUGGUUUCUCAUUUUCAGUUGCUCUAUGCACUUGCACUAUCAUUAGGCUCAAGGAUGCCAAUGGUUUGCUGUACUGAACCACGAAGCUCUAGACUAAAGGAUAAGAUGAAAGGUGAAGGUGAAGUGAUGGUGAAAACCACAUUUGUUCAAAGUGUGGCCCAAAAUAAUAACCUGCUUUCUAUUCUUCUUGAGAAAGGAUCUACUUGUGUAGUCCUUCCACGAAAGACAGCCGAGAUUUCUUUAUGCUCAACUUCACUUGUGAAACCUCAACUUAAGGUGAAACCCAGAUUAUCGCUUGGUUUAUGCAGCCGUCAAGAAGGACUGGAAGCAUCAGGAAUUUUGCCUUCUGAUGAUGCCAUGCCUGACAGAAACAUGGAUACAGUACACUCAAGUGGUUUCUGUUUGGUGAAUGAAAGUCCUGUGUCUGCAUUUCAAGGAAAGAAGUUGGUGCCUGCAAGCUUUAGCAAGUAUGAAACAUCUGACUUUUGCUCAUCCAGUUCAGAGUCACAAUAUGUGGAAGGUGGAAAAGAGAGCACAAUCCAGGGUGAUGGAUUGCUGGAGCAAGGAUUACUGUCGUGUGUCACAUGUGGAAUUUUGAGCUUCUCCUGUGUUGCUGUUAUUCAACCUAGAGAAAAAGCUGCCAGAUACCUGAUGGCUUCUGAUUGCAGUGUUUUUAGUGAUCAUAUUGUUGCCUCAGGAGAUACUAGUGAAACAGCCAAUGUCCCAAAUCAGAAUACGGGCAAUUAUGAUCUUUCUCGUUCUGGGUCUAUGGAGAAACAUUUCCAUGAUGGAUCAAGUGAUAGUUUAGACCAUUGUAAUACACAUUUGCUCCUCUCAGGUCCAAGCACCGGAGCCUUUUCUGGUACUGCAAAUCCAAAAAGCAUUUCUGCGCUUGACCUAUUGGCUUCUGCUUAUGGGGAUUUAUCAGAGCCAGAGGAUGAAGUUCUGGAUAACAAGCCUGGACAUGAGGAUGGUAAUGAAAUUAGAAACUUGUCACUGUCAUCUGACCUAACUCAGAAGUCAAUGUCUUCAACCAAGGUCUUGAAUGGGAAUUUGGAGUCACACUUAAUUGAACCAUACUGCCAGACAGAAACAAAUGAUAAUUACAGGAAUUCUUCGUCAGGUGUAUCCAAUUACAGUGAGCUUCCAGUCCAAGAUUCCGGUCGUAUUGGUGGUUCUGAUGACUCCAAUGAUAGUCCUGAUAAAAUUUGUACACCUAAGUUGGAGUUCUCUAGAUGGAAUCAGCCAGAAAGCCCAAAUAUGCUAGUUAGUUUAGAGGACGAGAUGGCACCUUCAGAUUCCUUAAUCGCGUACUCUACUGGCAUUAAUGGGAAAAAAACAGAUGGUAGCUGUCACAAGGAAGCAGAUGUUCCAGAGCACCAUAACUCUUGUGACCCUGUUGCUCCUAUCAGAUGCACUAAAGGCGAAAUGAAGUUAACAAAUUACAGUGCCAAGAUUCAAAAUUCAGAUGUGCCAGUUAUGCAGAGAUCUGACAAGGAUUCAUCUAGAAUGCAUGUAUUUUGUCUUGAACAUGCUGUGGAGGUUGAGAAGCAGCUUCGUCCAUUUGGUGGGGUUCAUAUCAUGCUUUUGUGUCAUCCAGACUAUCCUAGAAUAGAAGCAGAAGCAAAACUGUUGGCUACAGAGCUAGGAAGUGAUAUUGUUUGGAAGGACAUUCCUUUUCAAGAGGCCAAAAAAGAAGACCAACUAAGAAUCCGAUCAGCUAUGGAGGAUGAGGAAAGUAUCCCAAUGAACAGUGAUUGGGCAGUUAAAAUGGGCAUUAACCUGUAUUACAGUGCAAAUCUUAGCAAGUCACCGCUUUACUGCAAGCAGAUGCCAUAUAAUGCAGUUAUAUACAAGGCAUUCGGCUGCAAUUCUGCUGGAAACUCCCCUGUUAAACUUAAGGCUACAGGGAGACGCCCGGGUAGACAAAAGAAAAUAAUUGUGGCUGGCAAGUGGUGUGGCAAGGUGUGGAUGUCUAACCAGGUCCACCCACAUUUAGCUCUUCGGCAGGACACCCACGAGCAAGAGUUUGCUGAUAAAAUCUACUCUGGGGGAUCUGAUGAAAAGCUUAAAAUUGAGAAGGAUACAGAGGUAACUGAGCAAGCAGCUCGUCCGAGCAGAAACUCUUCAAGUACUGCUGCAGCGAGAAAAUCUGGAAAGAAAAGAAAGAAGACAUUGAACAAGGCUAGCAUCAAGAAAGCUAGGCACACUGCAACUGGAGAUGGUUCUUUGGAAGUUGCAAAAGAAAAUUCCUCUGCACAGUGUUCAAGGCUUCUGAGAAGCCGUAUUAAGCAUAAUGUGACUCCUCUUAAAAAUGAGAACACUAGCCAGCGUAAACUAAAUCUGGACGAUGAAGCUGAUGGAGGUCCAAGCACACGGCUUCGAAGACGGCCAUCCAAGACCGAAGUGACCAAGUCUAAGCCCAGAAUUGAGAAGCAUAUUAAGAAGAAGAAAGGAAACAAAGUCCAGGAACAAAACUCAGCAAUUAACAAGGAGGAGGAACUAGAUUAUCCAUGUGAUGUAGAGGGGUGCUCUAUGAGCUUCGGCACAAAACAGGACCUGUCACUGCACAAGCGCAAUAUAUGCCCUGUCAAGGGAUGUGGCAAGAAGUUCUUCUCUCACAAGUAUCUAGUGCAGCAUCGGAAAGUUCAUCUGGAUGAUCGCCCGCUCAAGUGCCCAUGGAAGGGAUGCAAGAUGACUUUCAAGUGGGCAUGGGCGCGAACAGAGCACAUCAGAGUGCACACGGGCGAUCGACCUUAUGUGUGUCGGGAAGCAGGGUGUGGUCAAACAUUCAGGUUUGUAUCUGAUUUUAGCCGUCACAAGAGGAAGACCGGGCAUUCUGUUAAGAAGGUUCGGAGAUGACACUAACAACCUCUGCAGUAAAAGUACUUCGACAAGGCGGGGAUCAUCAUGUCUGUAAAAUUAAGCUGCAAAUGCAAAUACCAUUGGUAGAGUAGGAUAGGCUAGGGAUUCCCUGUUGUUUAAUUGCUUGGGCUUUCAUUAGGCCCUGCCAAUUACUUCAUUUCAUUGCCAGUCACUACCAACCAUCAAAGUUACAAGUGUUUGUGGCUGGGCUUACAAGCUUAGAAGCUAACAUGGAAUCUUGCCCAGAUUGCCUGGCUUAUUGACUUCCAUUCUGCAUGGAGAGCUUAAUUGAUCCUUGAUUUAUAAUGUUCCUUCUUUUGUUUUAGCUUUCAGUUAUGAAUUAAUUAAUUAUGUAUA